ACAAGUGAAUCGCUCACAGAUUCGUAUUGAUCAUGCUGUUCUCUUCUGCUUCUUGCUAGGCUCUCACAAUUAUCCUUCCAUUCCAUGGCCAUAGAACUUGUGGGCGGGCCUUUCAUGGGCGCCAUGUUCAAUGUACUGCUUGAAAGGGUAGCUUCUUCCGAAAUAGUUGACUCCUUCAGGAAGAAUAGCUCUGUCAAGUUGCUCAGAAGGUUGAAGAUAACCUUGUUGUCUGUUAAUGCUGUGCUAAAUGAUGCGGAAGAGAAGCAAGUGAGAAAUUCAUCUGUGAAGGAGUGGCUCGAUGAGCUUAAGGACGUCGCUUUUGAUGCUGAUGAUCUCCUGGAUGAGAUCUACACUGACGCAAAAUCCAAUGGGAACGAGGUAAAAACUCUAGAGUCCACUACUCCGAUGAAAUUUUUCGAUAGAAUAGAGUUAGAACGGAAACUGGAAGACGUUAUUGAAAGAUUAGAAUUCAUCAUUAAACAGCAAGAUGCCAUGGAUUUAAAAUCGGGUGGAGAAGUCAAAAGGGCACAGAAGAUUCCGACUUCGUCUGUAAUAGAGGCGUGUGAUGUGUACGGAAGGGACAAUGAUAAAGACAUGUUAGUUAAUUUGCUGUUGUCACAUGAUGCUGAUGAUGAAAAUGUAGGUGUCAUUCCCAUAGUGGGAAUGGGGGGAGUUGGGAAAACCACUUUAGCUCAACUUAUUUACAAUGAUGAUAGAGUACAGAGGGAAUUUGACCUCAAAGUCUGGAUUUAUGUGUCUGAAGAAUUUGACAUCUGCAAGAUUACCAAAAACCUUUUGGAGGCUGUCACUUGUAGUAGUUGCGAUGUUGAAGAUUUGAAUUUACUCCACCGCAGUCUAAAAAGCUUGUUGAUGAAGAAAAAGUUUCUGUUUGUGUUUGAUGAUGUUUGGAAUGAGAAUUAUGAUAAAUGGGACAAGUUGAGGAGUCCAUUUAAACAAGCGGGGGCUCAAGGAAGUCAGAUUAUUGUAACUACACGAAGUAGUUAUGUUGCAUCCAUCAUGCAAACUGUUCCGGCUUAUAAUCUCAGUGAGUUGUCAAAUGACGAUUCUUGGCAUCUUUUUGCAAAACAUGCAUUUGGUUAUAGAGAUUCAAAUAUCAAUCAUGGUGUGGAGAAAGUAGGUAAAGAAAUAGUUAGGAAGUGCAAAGGAUUGCCUUUGGCCGUGAAGACACUUGCAGGGCUUUUGAGGGCUAAAAGCGAGAAGCAGGAAUGGUUGAAAGUAUUAAGUAGUGAGAUAUGGGAUUUGCAAGAUCAUGAGAGCAACAUUCUUCCAGCUUUGAGAUUAAGUUAUCAUUAUCUCCCUGCACAUUUGAAAAGAUGUUUUGCUUACUGUUCAAUUUUCCCAAAAGAUUUCGAAUUUGAGAAGGAGACAUUAACUUUGUUGUGGAUGGCAGAAGGUCUGCUGAAGCAAUCAAACCGACAUGAAAGGAUUGAAGAAGCUGGAUAUGAAUACUUUUGUGAAUUAGCAGCUAGAUCAUUUUUUCAGCAAUCAAGACGUGAUAAGACAUGUUUUGUAAUGCAUCAUCUGGUGAACGAUUUAGCUAAAUUUGCAUCAGGAACCUUUUCUGUCAGAAUCGAAGGCAACAAUUCUGAUGCAAUUGGAGAAAGAACUCGUCAUUUGUCACAUAUUAUCGCAGAUAGUUCCUCCUAUCUAAACAUGAAUGAUGUUUGCAAAGCAAAUCGUCUUCGCACAUUUCUGCAAAUACAGUUGUUUUCCACAUCCAUUGACUCACUCCACAACAUGUCAAAUGAUUUGCUGAUGAAGUUAAGGCGCUUAAGGGUGCUAACCUUGGUUGGUGUGUAUUUGUACAAUUUGCCUGGUUCAAUUGGUGAACUAAAACAUCUUCGCUAUCUAGAAGUGUCUGACACCAAUAUUUCCAGGUUACCAAAAUCCAUCUGCAGCUUGUACAACUUACAAACACUGAAGUUAAUUGGAUGCUACAGUCUCAAGGAACUGCCUGAAAGAUUGCAUGAUCUUGUUAACUUGCGUUACUUGGAUAUUAGUGGCGCUUGGUUGAAAUGGAUGCCAUUGCAAAUGAGCAACUUAAGAAGCCUCCAAAAGUUGAGUGACUUCUUUCUAGGAAAAAAAUAUGGAUCUUUGAUUGGUGAAUUGGGAGAACUAAAUGAUUUGCAUGGAUCAUUGUUCAUUCAUGGCUUAGAACAUAUUAUUGACCACACGGAUUCUGAAAAAGCGAAGUUGAAGGAAAAGAAUUAUCUUGACAAAUUAUCUUUGGAUUGGUGUGGGAGUGGUGAUACUGAUGAUUCACAGCUUGAGAAAAAAAUACUGGCCAGCCUACAACCACAUACAAAUUUGAAGGAGCUUGUUAUCCAUGGCUAUCCCGGCACAGAAUUUCCCAAAUGGUUGGGGGACAAUUCCUUCUUCAACUUGGUGUCUUUACAACUCAAGGGGUGUAAAUAUUGCUGUAAGUUGCCUGCACUUGGACAGCUCCGGUCAUUGAAAGAGCUUCGAAUCAGUAGAUUUGAUGGAUUAGUCAGCAUUGACUCUGAGUUUUUUGGCAAUGAAACUCGUUAUUCUGCUGCAACUAAAAGCUUCCCUGCACUUGAGAUUCUUAGAUUUGAGCAUAUGGCUGCAUGGGAGAAAUGGAGUAGUCCUGAUGCUGACACAGGCUGCAAGGCUUUCUGUCAACUUCGAGAACUUCAUAUCGAGAGCUGCACCAAGCUGACAGGGGAUUUACCUAGUAACCUUCCAUCUUUGAAGCUACUCAUAAUCACAGACUGCAAUCAGCUCCUUUGUUCACUUCCCAUUUCUCUUGAUUUGCGUGUGUUGAACAUUCAGAACUGUGAGAAUUUAGAAUUCCCAGUACAUGGUCCUCAACGCUACCAGUUUCUCACAUCCAUGUACUUACAUGAUAGCUUUGAUUCACUCAAGUUCUUGCCAUUAGAUCUCUUCCCCAACCUCAAGUCUCUAGACAUCAGGGGUUGUAAAAACCUGCAAGCUCUUACAGUUUCUGAUUCAGAUGUACCUCCUCCAAAUCUUUCAUCACUCAGAUCCUUAAGCAUAAAACACUGUCCAAAAUUUGCAUCUUUUACCAAGGGAGGAAUUGCAGCACCGAAACUCACUUUGUUGACAAUCAACUUCUGCGAGAAGUUGAAGUCUCUACCUGAACAAAUGCACGUUCUUAUGCCAAGUUUGAAGGAAGUCCAGAUUCGACAUUGUCCACAAAUGGAGUCAUCUUCUGUAAGACCACUCAGGAUUCGGAUUUGUGAUAAAUUGAGAGAGGAGAAACAAAAUCUAUCUGAUCCUGUAUUUGCUAGGUUCGAGGGACCUUCCUCUAUUUGUAGCCCCUCAUCAAGGUAGACAACUCGUAAGACUCAAAGCUUUCUCUGAGAGCAACAGGGGCAUAGAACAACAAAGAGCAACAAAAUAAUAUACCCAAACAACAUUGACAGAGGAGGAGGGAAGAAGAGGCUUGAAAGCUCAAGAGCUGGGUACUAUGUACAUUGAUGCUUCAGUAUAUAAUGCACACGCCUAGAUGAACAUUGGACACUCAUCAACACAUUGGUUUCAAAGAAUAAAAUACCAUAAAGUUUUAGUUACAGAA